CGCAACUCACGAUGGAAACCACGACGCUGUAAGCCGGAUCGAUCGCCGUCGUCCGCCCAACCCCAAUCAUGGCUCCUCUCCCUGAGUCCUUUAGCUGCAACAAUAACCGCUGCUUCCCUGCAAGAUCGCGUUGCUGCUUCCACCUCCGCCGCGUCGACAAUGGCCGAGGCGGAGACGCCAGGAAUCGCUGGGUGCUUGGACCGGUGGACGAAAGAGGGGGCCGACGAGGCCGUGGCGGCGGUCAUGGCGCUCCUCGACGCCGUCCGGUCCAGCAAGGCCGAGACCAUCGCCGGGCUCCAAGCCGAUGUCAAGGCGGCCGCGGAGGAACUCAAGCGCCUGGAUAGCGAGCCGUACGGCGCGCUCUCGGCGGUCUGCGACAUGUUCGUCCGGUACGUGCGUCGUGGCGGCGUCGCCGAUGAUCAGCCCGCACAGUUCCCCGCCCUCAAACGCCGUUUGGUCGGCCGCGCCACCAGAUCCGGGGACAUCUGCCGAGGCGCGCGCGGGGCCAUCGCGACGCUCUGCCAGGACUUCUUGCUGGACGGCUGCACCGUGCUGGUGCACGGCCACUCGCCGUGCCUGUGCGGUGGCCGAGACGUGGACUUCGGCGACGUGCCUGUGCCGGCCGGCGUGGACGUCGAGGCGCCGGCCAGGGACUACACCCAGUCGAAGUACCUGGAGCUUCUGAUCACAGACCUCGGCGUGCUACAGCCGGCCGCCGUCAGCGAUGUGCUCCUCCACCUCUCCAUGUGA